AUGGAGGGUCAUGGCCACAUGUAUAACAAUCAUGAAACUUUUGAUGCAUUAAUGGAUUGCUAUGAAAAAACUGCAUCAGAGUACGACGAGGAUGUUGAAGUUCACAGAGGGUACAUCGGAUACAAAACCGCGACUGAAAAGUUGGUAACAAAGCUGAAAGAGCUUGAGUUUUCGGAAGAUUGUAAAAUCCUUGACGUCGGUGCCGGAACUGGGCUGGUCGGAGAAGAGCUUUGUAAGAGGAAGUUUACCAACCUUGAUGCCCUAGAUGCGUCAGACGCCCUUCUCAAAGAAGCCGACAAGAAAGGGGUUUACAAGAACUUCUUUGUUGAUGUCCUGGGUCCUAAUAAACGAAUACAGUUGGACAAUGACUGCUAUGAGGUAGUUAUUGCCGUUGGGGUGUUUACUCGAAACCACGUGAAGGCGGAAGGCGCAAUGGAUGAAAUGGCACGAGUUGUCAGGCCAGGCGGAUUGGUCAGCUUCACGAUAAGAGAGGACGUGAUGUUUGAAGAAGAAUAUGGUUACGAAGCAAAAAUGGAGCAGCUGUGUCGGGAGGAAGUCUGGAAACUAGUUUCCAAGAGUGAGGAAGAUUAUCACAGCAAAACCGACAUCAGGAAAUGCUACUUUUACAUUUAUCAAGUUUUGUAGGUUUGUAGUCAGACUAAUCGCAUUUCAGCUAAAUGGAAAGUAGAGGUAGUUAUCACUAGGUUUUUUUUGUUUCAAUCAUUCGGCUAGGAAAGAUUUCCUCACACCUCUAUAAUUUAUUAUGCAUAGAGUUCCUGGAUAAGCAAAAUAAUUGAAAAAUGUUUUAGACGCUCGUGAACCUUUACUGCAAAAUAGACCUCUACACCACUAAGGCCAGUUCGAUUCCUCUGAAAUAGAAAAUGCGGUAGGUAUUAAGCGUUUUUGCCCCAAUCAAUCCAAUUUCAUUUACUCUUUCUUUCCAUUUUGUGACGUUUCCAUGUUACACUGUAGAAAGUUCAAAAUUAAAUUUGUUCAGCAGUCCAUUCUAAAUAAAACUGCUUCUCUGGCGUUCAAGUUGGCUGGUGGUGGUGAAUGGUUAACUAAGUGACAUUUGCUCGCUGUGUUUGGAAAGUAUGGUGUUCAUCAAAGGGACCCUUACUAGUACCUCAUCCAGCUUCAAAGUAGAAAUGGGGCAGUUGUAUUUCAAGCAAAAAGAAGGAUAAUUUGCCAACGGGGUUUCCGUUCUUCGACAACGCAAAAUUUGGUAUUUACCCAUUUAAUGUUUCACAAGACAGCCAGGAAAUCUACAACGUUUCAAAAUACGCACGUAGAGCUCUUUCACUUGGCUUCACAUUAAAUGUUUUGUUUGCCAUAUUAUCGAUGCUAACGUUUCUGAUGUUUACCAUGCCAGAAGGGUUCAAUCAGCGGCGUACGUUCGUUCAAUGUGGGUUUUUACAAUUUCAGGAGCAAAAUAUACAUGAAGCUUUUAUCUUGAGGGACGCGAGCGUGGCUAUUAAGUGGGAUAAAAAUUUUUGUCUGGACAAGGUGAUACACAUAAGAUUGUCAUAUUUGAUGAGGUGUCAAUCUUGGGAUAAAAUACAAAGUUGUAGGUUGCUUAAAGGUAGAAUGAGCCACUGAAUAUCAAGCUUUGAUCGGAACUUUU